AGGGGAAGUUCGAAGUCGGGCAGAGUGUCAAAGUGAGACGGCGUCUGGUUUUCCUCAAUUUUCUUAAAAAAUAAGAUGAUUUCGCGCGAGAAUCUACGUUAUUUGUGAAUUAGACAGGGACAUACAGGAGUUGAGCUACUAGUGAGCAAAUCUUGACACGGCACUGUAGACACUUGGCGACGCUUCAGGACACCAUGGCCAGCCACUCAGAGCGGAGUAUUCACGAGAUGCUGAAAGACACGCCGUCCAUGAACGAGAGCAACAGCGCCAUUCACACGGGCACCGAGCCCAGGGGCUUUCGUCCCAGCCACCCAAACAGUCUGCCCCUCCGGAACACCUCGGCGCCCGCCAGCCCAUCGCCCGCGACCAGUCCCAACGGUGACAUCAUGAAGAAUGGCGCUUCGAAGAUCGACACGAUCAGGAACUGGAGCAUAUCAACGUACAAGUGCACUCGGCAGCUCAUGAUGGAGAAGCUGGGCAAGAGCACAAGAACCGUGGACUCGGAGCUGGAGGCGCAGAUUGAGCAGCUCCGCGAUACGCAACGAAAAUACUUGUCCGUGCUGCGACUCACGCGGGCCAUGAGCUCCCAUUUCCACCACGUCGUGCAGACGCAGCACGCCCUCGCGGAGGCGUUUUCUGAUCUGGCACAGAAGAGUCCGGAGCUGCAGGAGGAGUUCCUGUACAACUCGGAGACGCAGAGGAACUUGACAAAGAACGGCGAAAUUCUACUAAGUGCUCUCAACUUUUUUAUCUCGUCUGUGAACACGCUGUGCAAUAAGACCAUUGAAGACACGCUAAUUACGAUAAAGCAGUACGAAACAGCUCGAAUUGAAUAUGACGCCUAUCGAUCGGAUUUGGAGAGUUCGAAGCCAGAGGCGACUAGUCCAGGAUCUGAGGAUGCCCAGAGGAGUUUCAUGAAGCACAAGGAGCAGUAUGAAAAAUUGCGCUCUGACGUGGCUGUUAAAAUGCAAUUUCUCGAUGAGAACAGGAUCAAGGUGAUGCAUAAGCAAUUAGUUUUGUUACACAAUGCUAUUUCUGCUUAUUUCUCCGGAAAUGCACAAGCACUUGAAGGGACGUUGAGACAGUUCAACAUAAAGAGUCCCAACUCUUCGAAGGGAUCAUGGUUGGAGCAGUAAGAAUCUCAAUUGGAUGUGUUUUGAAUUCCCAGUUGACUUGCAUUUCUUUGAGUGCUGACUAGAAAAGGCCUCGUGAGCGAGAGAAGUCAACUCCCAAUGGUAAAAUAUUAGUGAAGGAAGCUUCAAACAAGUAAUCUGAUCGUUCCUCGUGAAAUCAUCUCAUGAAUUGAUUUACUCUCUUUUAAUUGAGCUAGUCAAAUUUUUUUCUGUCUUUUUUAAUCACUCCAAACAUCUCACUUAUUUAUCGAAU